CGCGUUGUGACGUAGAAAAAAAGCGUGUGCUAAAGGAAGAGAGAAGGCAGGCGUCCUGCACGAGGACAGGUGAAUCACCAUGACAACAGAACCAGGUGAGCCACAGGAGGCCGAGUCCAAAGAGGCUGAGACUUUCCCUGAAGCAGCCGCCCACUCCACACCUAGACAGGGAGGAGAGGGCGGGCCGUACCAGAAACAAGCUCAAAGCUCAUUGGCCGAGGAUUCGACGAGUCACCUGUCAUCGAGCAGUCGGAUCGCUCACUCUCCUGCCAGAAACCCUUUGAGCUUCAGGACCAUGCAGACAAAGGUGUCUCUUCUGGACGGAUCGCUGUUCACCUGCACUAUGGAGAAACGAGCUCGGGGUUUUCAGUUGUUUGAGAAGGUUUGUGAACAUGUGAACCUUCUGGAGAGAGACUACUUCUCUCUGUGCUUCCGAGACAUGGACAACAACAAGAACUGGUUGGAUCCUGCAAAGGAAAUGAAGAAGCAGGUCAGAGGUGUUCCCUGGAACUUCUCCUUCAACGUCAAGUUUUACCCCCCUGACCCCGCCCAGCUCUCUGAGGACAUCACCAGGUACUUCCUGUGUCUCCAGCUGAGACAGGAUAUGGUCUCUGGACGUCUCCCAUGCUCCUUUGCGACUCACACCGUCCUCAGUUCCUACAGCGUGCAAUCAGAGCUUGGCGACUACGACCCGGAUGAGUGUGGUUCAGAUUACGUCAGUGAACUCUGUUUCGCUCCAAAACAAACCAAAGAGAUGGAGGACAAGAUCAUCGAGCUGCACAAGACCUACAGAGGGAUGACACCAGCCGAAGCAGAGAUGCACUUCCUGGAAAACGUAAAGAAACUGUCCAUGUACGGAGUUGACCUUCAUCACGCAAAGAUGGUAGGAAGUCGCUUUGACUGUUUGCCUUCAGCUCAGUCUGAGGACUCGGAGGGCGUGGCCAUCAUGCUGGGCGUGUGCUGCAGCGGUCUCCUGGUCUACAGAGACAGACUCAGGAUCAACAGAUUCUCGUGGCCAAAGAUCUUGAAGAUCUCGUACAAAAGGAACAACUUCUACAUCAAGAUCCGACCUGGAGAGUUUGACCAGUUUGAGUCUACGAUUGGUUUCAAGUUGCUGAACCACAGAGCAGCUAAACGCCUGUGGAAAGUGUGUGUGGAACAUCACUCCUUCUUCAGGCUGAUGUCUCCAGAAGAGACACCAAAGAAGUUCAUGUCUCUGGGCUCAAAGUUUCGCUACAGCGGUCGGACUCAGAUUCAGAGUCGCAGAGCCAGUGCUCAAAUCUCCAGACCGGCACCGCAUUUCCCACGGUGCGUCAGCAAGAGGAACAUUCUGAGCCGCAGCCUGGACGGAGCUUCGAGGACCACGCCCACGUCUUUUCUCAUUGGCUCUCCGGCCAUCACAGCGUACCCCAAAGCCAACAGUGGUACACACACAGAUAUGGGAGACGGCCUGUACGGAGCGUCUAAAGCCAUCCCCGUCAGCAACCUCAUCACCACGGUAACGUCCGAGAGGAUGAUGGAUGAGAGUGGGUCGAAGAAAGUUGAGGAGGUUCUGGUGGUGGAGGAGGAGGAAGAGGAGGACACCAGAGAAACGGAGGUUUCUCAGCAGAGUCCCCUUACUCCCCAGAAGCAGGAAACCAAGACAGACCUGACUGAUACAGCUGUUGAUGGAGAUCUAACAGCCACUGAGUCUGAUCAGGACGAGGACCUGAAGACUCAGGAGACAAUGGGGAGUCCAGAGGAGGAGCAGAAGCCUCAGAGCACCAUCAGCGCCCUAAGGCGCUCCUUCCUAGAGGGAGGUGGAGGAGGAGGUGGAGGAGGAGGGGGGAUGACAGAGUGGGAGAAACGUCUCGCCUCCUCUCCUCUACGACGAGUCGACGAUUCGCCAAUGAUCGAACCUCUGGAACCAGAUGAGGAGAGGGGACACACACAGCCUAAACCUACAUUUGAUGAAAUGUCUCCGGAGCUGAUGGCUCUGCUGAACUCAGCCAGAGAACAAAACACCUUCAGGGAACACAACCUGCUGAAGACUUCUGAGAAGGUGGAGACGGUCUUCCUGAUGACGGAGCCAUGUGACAAGGACCAGCCAAUGGCGGAGCAGCCUCAGGUAGCAACAAGUAAUCUGGAAGUCCCAGUGAUGAGGAAGACUCUCACAUAUGAAGCUCCAGGGAGCCGCAUAGACUCAGAUCCUCCUACAGGUUUGCUGCUGAGCUCCCAGACCUUCACAGCUGAGACCUCCAACACCUCCACCACCACCCACAUCACCAAGACUGUAAAAGGAGGAAUGUCAGAAACCAGAAUUGAAAAACGAAUCGUUAUUUCUGGAGACACAGAAAUCGACCACGACCAGGCUCUGGCAGAGGUGCUCAGCGAGGCACGGCUGCAGCAUCCUGAGCUGUCAGUCACACGAGUUGUUGUCCAUAAAGAAACAGAGGUCUCUCCUGAUCAUGUGAUUGAUUAGUGACAUCACAGGACUGAAUUUGAGAAUCUCUCCGUUGCAUUAUGGGAGUUGCAGUCCAGACUCCAGAGACGACUGUAGACACUGUUUUUCAGCAACACCAAGUGGACAUUAAUGAAACUGAUGAUCUAUACACACACAAACAUAUAUGCAUGUACACUUGUACACACACACACACACAGCAGCAUCUGUCUGUCUGACUGGGGGCGGGGCCAAUGCCGAGUUCCCUGCAGAGUAGGUAGCAUUAUCUAAAUAGUUUGAUUAUAUCUAGUUGAAAGCUCUUUGAUGGUCUUUUCAGGUUUUGUGUGUAAUGGAGUAAGAUAUUGAUGCACGGACACAGACAGCUGAGACACAGACAGGUGGCGCUAUCACACCAUCUGCAAUUAUUCCUAUUGAAUCACACACACCUCCAGGUCAAAGCAGACUGAUGAAUGGUUGGUUGAAUAACAUUUAGUCCUGAUUGUGGGACAGAAGCCUUAUGUAAUAUUCCAUAAUUAGUUUGUUAAACAUCUGGAAGUUGUGUAAUAAUGACGUGUGACUUUACCUGGUGAGGUAAUGAAAUGUAAAAUAGCAUGAUUGCUAGCACUGUAAACACUCACUGUAAAACACCAAAAACCGACUCUAUUUACCCAUAAUGCAAUAGUUAUGUGCCAUUCUCUCAUCUCAUCAUGGAAACCCUUGUUAUGAAUUGUUUUAUUCAUUGUCUAUAUAUUUAUUUAUUAUAUAUUUAUUUAUUGAUCUGUGUUUGUAUGCAAUCCUAGACUGACCAUACCCCCAAGCGUCUAUAAACAGAUUGUCCACUCCCCCAGGUGUCACUUUACAUACUGAUCACUCCCCCAGGUGUCACUUAACAUACUGACCACUCCCCCAGGUGUCACUGUACAUCGUGACCACUCCCCCAGGUGUCACCUUACAGAUUGACCACUCCCCCAGGUGUCACUUUACAUACUGACCACUCCCCCAGGUGUCACCUUUUCACACUGACCACUCCCCCAGGUGUCACUGUACAUCGUGAUCACUCCCCCAGGUGUUUUAUUAUUUCCUGAUGAAGUCAAAAUGACUGAAUGCGUCUUUACCCACUAAAUUUAAAUAAAAUGAUAAUUAUCCAA